AUGCCCGGAACGAUAUCAGAUGGUCCCUCCGUGACCAUGAGUUUCGCAAACAACUUUUGGGGGAAGGACGACGCUGGUGUUGAGCCAUUGAUACAGCGUAUGGUCCAUGCGAAACAAACUUGUGAUGAAUUGAAAUCUUUCUAUAAUGCGCGUGCCGCUCUCGAGGAGGAAUAUGCUCGCAAGUUACUACAGUUAUCACGAAAACCAUUAGGAUCCCAAGAGACAGGAACUCUGCGCCAUUCAUUGGAUGUUCUGAAGGGGGAAGUCGAGGCAAUGGGGAAGGCUCAUCAAACGAUUGCUGGACAAAUGAAAACAGAGCUUGAGGAGCCGCUGGCGGCCUUUGCUGGUGCAAUGAAGGAGAGAAGGAAGAUUGUUCAGCAUGGCACAGAAAAGCUAUUGAAGAUCAAGGUACAACAGACAAAUCAAGUCAACAAGACUCGAGACAAAUAUGAACAAGAGUGCCUCAAGAUUAAAGGAUACCUCGCGCAAGGACACAUGGUAAUGGGUCAGGAGGAACGAAAAAAUAAAGCAAAGCUCGAGAAAACUCAAGUGAACUUGGCCACGUCUAAUACCGAGUACGAAAACGCAGUCAAGAUACUUGAGGAAACAACAGGUCGCUGGAAUAGAGAUUGGAAACAGGCUGCAGAUAAGUUUCAAGAUCUUGAAGAAGAGCGACUUGACUUUAUGAAAAGUAGUUUGUGGAGUUUCGCAAAUAUCGCUUCCACUGUUUGUGUAAGUGAUGAUGCCUCUUGCGAGAAGGUUCGCCUGGCGCUUGAAGAUUGCGAGGUAGAGAAAGACAUCAUGUCUUUCAUAAACGAGUGUGGGACUGGGCAAGAGAUCCCGGAUCCGCCAAAAUACAUUAAUUUCUGUCGCGGUGAUGCCGAUUCACAAUCUGAGGCUUCUGAAGACGACGCUUACUCGGUAGCACAAUUUCAACGGACUAUAAAUCCAGCAUAUAGAAGUUCUUCGCCACAACCAUCCACCUACGAAUCCCACCAUGAUCCUCAAGCCGCUCUUGCUAAGGAGUUAGCCCAUGAAGUUGAAACACCGAAGAGUCGAGAGGCAACCAUCACUCCUCAGAAGCUUACACCAUCAAAUUCAACCCCGGACAGGUCACGACAUGCCCAAGUGGAGGAUUAUGAACCAGAGCCACCUAUACAAGCCCCGCCUGCUCAAUUGGAGUAUCAACAACCAGCUCGGCCCAGAGCUCAAUCCCAGGCCAGUUAUUCCCAACCAGGCCGAGCUCGCCCCGCGUCUCAAAUCGAUUAUCAACAACCUGGGAGGCAAAGACAGCAACCUCCACAAGACUAUCAGCAAGCUGAAAGACAAAGGCAGCAAGCGCACAUCAAUCAACAACAAGCAGAAAGGCAAAGGAAGCAAUCCGUUGAUUAUCAACAAAUUGACAGACAACAACAAAGCGAAAGACAGAAGCAAGCACAAGCCCAGGCUAAUUAUCGUCAACAAGAACGCCCAAAACAAGCUCAGCUUGAGUAUAAGCCUCAAAUCUUGCAACAACCUCAAGUGGACUAUCAACGUCCCGAUAGCUCUAGGUUACCGAAGAUGGACUGGUCGAAGCCAAUACAGAUGCCUUACGAACAACAACAAGGUCAAUUGGUUCCAAAACAGGGACAAAUUGCUCAAGUGCCCCACAACCCUCAUCCUACCGAUGGCAUGACAAUGUUGUGUCGAACAGGGCCCUCGGCACCUUCAGAUAUGAGCUCCGCCGCGAAUAGCCCAGUACGCCCAUCAAGUCGGGAUUCCCAAAGCGAUUAUUCAAAUCCUACAUCAUUCUCAAGCCAAGAGCCUCCAAGCGGAAAAGCUUCACCAGUAAAACAAAGCGCGCCGAUUGUUGAGAAGCCGAUCCAGAAGAAAAAGAGUGGAAUAUUCCAUAGCCCAUUUCGAAGAAAGAGCACCAAGAGCGGAGAAGAAGUUGCUAUUGCCAGACCAGCUCCAUCAAAUCGCAAUACAUGGUCCGGCCGAAAUGCCAGUGCUCAGAGUACUCAAACUGGCAGACCAAAUUCGAGAAUGAUACAGCCAGCGCCAAAAACUAUGAUGCUGACUGAUCGACCCAGCAAUAGCCCAGAGCCCGUUGAUCCAAGGGCCAACUUUCAAUUGAAUAUCGGAAACAAUGUUUUUGAUGUUGCAGCGCCUGAAAAGAAGAACAAGCUUGCUCAAAGUACCCCUACAGGCCAAGCAGCAGAAGAGUCUGAUCCCAUAGCUCAAGCUCUUGCUGAUCUCAAAGUUGUUACUAAAGCAUCAUCUACUAGGGUAUCUGCAGAUAAAUAUCACGGAGUGGCUACCCCCGCCCCGGAUGCGGCGCCUACAUCUAGACCUAUCGGAUCUCAAAUGGUCAAUGGGGCUUUGAUGGCUGGUAUGCGUGGCACACCCCCACCAUCUUACGAUCCAGCUCCUGUUGAAAGACUUGGCCUUCCAUCCCCCGCCUUCACUUCAAAGUCGAUGCAGCAAACUCGUCAAAAGUACGUCGACCAAACGGCGAACAUGUUUAGUCCUCCCCAGCCAAGACCAGAUUCACAGCAAGCCGGGUAUGGCUCACGUCCCGGAACAAGGGGGUCAGAUAUGCCUCGAACUACAUCACCAGCGCCCACUCGAAGUAUCUCCCCUCGACCUGGAACGCAGGCUGAAAUGAGACAAGCUGCCUCUCCUAAGUACGCUGGAAGUACUCACUCUCGUACCGGAUCCGCUCCUCAGCAAAAUCGGGGCUCUGAUACUUAUUAUCAACGAAAUUCCCCCAGCAUUUCUACUCGUGGCGUCUCGCCAGCCCCAUAUGCACAACAAGAAAGGCCCAGCAGCAGCCACGUCAAAGCUCCCUUUCAGCAACAAGAGAGACCUAGCAGCAGUCAUGUCAAGGCCCCAUUUGCACAACAAGAUAGGCCUUCCAGUAGUCAUUCAAUGGGCAUGGUAAAUAACAGCAUGGCAAUACAAUUAGCCUCGGGUCAUGAUGACGGUUACGGUUCUCAGGGACGAAGUGGCAGUAGAGCUAGUGCCGGCUCGAGAGCCAUGAGCCAUUAUGGGAGUGGAAGUGACCAGCAAUUGGCAGCACGAAGCAGAAGUAAAAGCGUUGCGGAUGUCCGUCAAUUCAACAGUCAAGGCCGCCCCAUUUUACAUUUCGCUCGCGCACUCUAUAUGUAUCAAGCUGCUAUUCCCGAAGAACUGAGUUUUGCAAAGGGAGACAUUCUUGCCGUUAUGACGCACCAAGAUGAUGGAUGGUGGGAAGCAGAAGUAGCUGGAAAGAAUGGUCGACCGGGUUUGGUACCAAGUAAUUACCUUCAAAACUGUUGA